CGCCGUCUAGAAAAGACAAGAACCGACGCGAAGGAAGGGAUCUCUCUGGGGAGUUAUCGCCGUCGCCGGGGGCCAUUUCUGCUGCGCCGAGAUGAGUUUCAUGUCCUUCGCCGGGAGAGUCCUCUUCUCCGCCGUCUUUCUCCUCUCCGCAUAUCUCGAAUUUAGUGAAUUCGGAGCUGAUGGUGGACCGGCAGCAAAGGCGCUAAGGCCAAAAUACAACCGUUUUGUGAAACAUGUCUCUUCUCAUCUUGGCAUUGUGGUGCCACACAUUGAAAUGAAACAUAUCCUUGCAAGUACCAUAUUCCUGAAAGGUUUUGGUGGUAUCUUGUUCGUCUUGAGCAGCUCUUUAGGAGCAUAUCUUCUGCUUCUGUACCUUGCCUUCAUUACACCCGUGGUCUAUGACUUCUACAAUUACGAUAUAGAAAAGCCAGAAUUUGUUCAGCUUUUUAACCGAUUCGCUCAGAACGUAGCGUUGUUUGGUGCACUGCUGUUUUUCCUCAGCAUGAAGAACACUAUUGCAAGACGACAAUCCAAGAGGCUGGCUCCCAAGUCGAAAACCAAUUAGUUUGAAGCGCUUGCAGGUGGGCGUCCUACAGAUAUGUUUCUUAUAGCUCGGUUUGAAAACUCAUUCUUAUUUGGAACACACGAAUUUUGUUCAGUGUAUCAAUAAUUUUCAUUAUGCUUUGCUAUUGGAAGUUACAAUGUGUUGUUUACUGGGGUUGAGAUGUAUUUUACAAAUUUUAGUUUUGAAUUUUUUUUUUCAGGGAAAUACUUAAUAAAUUUAUAUUAUAUUGGGAUGGUGCAUAUGAUGUUAUGAGUUA